AUGUCAUUCAUAAGAUCUUCGUCCAAGCUCCAGUUCAUUGCUUGCGGGAUCACUGCAGGGGCAGUUUCUGUAUUCCCUAGCUCGCCCAUACUUAACGAUUCGAAACGCAACUUUUACGGAAGCGAUGAACAAAUUGUUCCUGUUCCUGGUACCGUUGAGGAAGCUACUGCUUCCCAAAUCGAACUGUUACGCUCGGGCAAGAUCGUAGACGGUGUAUCUGUGCGUUCCUCUACUCUCCUCGAGGAUGCUUUCAAAACUGUGAGGGAAUAUUCGUUUGCCUACUACCAAGCGGCCGAGAAUGCCCUUUAUGAUGCAACUGGCAAAUACUAUGCUGCAGAAAGGCAUGUGACAUCGUCAUUAUCUCUGCUUCACAAUAGGAAAGAGGACCUAUACCCCAAUUCUCUUUACAUCUUAACUGCUGCUUUGGGUGGGUCAAUCUUUGCAAGAAGGAGAAACAUUUUGCUGAGGGCUACGCUUCCUUUGGCUUUUGGACUUGUUGCGUUCAAGGUGUUGCUACCAGAGACAUUUGCCAACACUGCCAGGUUCACGUUGGCUCUUGAGAAGGAGAACCUGCCGGCUCUUGCUGAAAACCAGGAAUUAUUGAUUACUAAAGCAGACGAGCUUGUCAAGAACGUUGAGAAUGUGAGUCAGAAGUCUGUUGAUACUCUCCAGACAUAUACUCAAAAGACAAAGAGAUUUAUUGGUACUUACACUGGUUUAGAUGUUGACCAAGAGGUCUCUAGCAAGAAGAAUUAG